UGAUCACCCUCGCCGACAAAUCCGGAGUUCAGAUUAAGGUAGCCCCAGUCUCUGGUGAAUGUGACGGCGGCGACGCUGUAUCCAGACAGCGGAGUGGCCACAAAACCAGAUGUAUUUUGUUGGCCGACUCUUACUCUCAUACUAAGCUGCGCUGUUGAACACUGCUUUAGGGAAACAGUUCAAAUAAUUUUCUCGCCUCAAAAAUCAUCUUCCUCCUCAGUUUGUGCAUUAUUCUGUGGGAGUGUUUCUGCAAGAGGCUUAUAUAGAAGAUGGAGUUCUGUCCGACUUGUGGCACCCUGUUGCAGUACGAAUUGCCCUAUAUGUGUCGCCCUUCAAGAUUCUUUUGUCCUACUUGCCCAUAUGUUUGCUACGUCGAGAAUAAGGUAAAGAUAAAGAGAAAGCACCGUUUAGUGAGAAAAGAGAUAGAACCUGUUAUCUCCCAAGAUGACAUGAAGGGUGCACCCACGGCUGAUGGUACAUAUUUUCCCACUCCUCCCUCGUUUUCUCCCCCUACAGGAUUGGAAUUUCUUUUUCCCUCAGCUCCUUUUGGAUUGUCCCAUGCCCAAAAUGCAAUCAUGAUAAAGCUGCUUACACAGAAUUUCAGACUCGAUCAGCUGAUGAGCCAGCAACCAUAUUCUACAUGUGCUUGAAUGAGAAGUGCAGACACCAAUGGCGUGAUGGCUAAUUCUCUAGCAAGCUUACUCAUCGAUCCAAGAAUUUUCAGAGUUCCUUUUGAUUUUCAUCUUAAGUUGCGCAAUUAGAAAAAUCAUUCCUUACAAUCAGCAUAAUAUAUUCCUUUGAGGCGUACGAGUCUUUCUUGACCUAUAUUAUUCUCAGUAGUUUCUCAGUUGCAGUAUGUGUUAGAAAUGUUAACCUCACAAACAUUGGGUCCGAAGUACGGAUUCAAUUCGGCCAUAGACCAACACCAAAAAUUGAACUAUCAACUUGGUUUUGCAAAAUGAAAGACCUGUUCGUUUAGUGAAA